UCCAUUGGCUGCCCAGGCCAGGGCGGGGGCUCCGUCUCCGGCCUCCGCCUCCCGCGGCGUCCACACUCGCGGCGGCCGGGCUGGACCUCGCUGGCCCGCGGCGCCAUGAGCCGCAGUCUGGACGCCGCGCGGAGCUUCCUGGAGCGGCUGGAGGCGCGGGGCGGCCGGGAGGGGGCCGUCCUCGCCGGCGAGUUCAGCGACAUCCAGGCCCGCUCGGCCGCCUGGAAGGCUGAUGGCAUAUGCUCCACUAAGGCGGGCAGUCGGCCAGAGAACAUGAGGAAGAACCGCUACAAAGACGUGCUGCCAUAUGAUCAGACGCGAGUAAUCCUCUCCCUGCUCCAGGAAGAGGGACAAAGCGACUACAUUAAUGGCAACUUCAUCCGGGGCGUGGAUGGAAGCCUGGCCUACAUUGCCACUCAAGGACCCUUGCCUCACACCCUGCUAGACUUCUGGAGACUGGUCUGGGAGUUUGGGGUCAAGGUGAUCCUGAUGGCCUGCCGGGAGAUAGAGAAUGGGCGGAAAAGGUGUGAGCGGUACUGGGCCCAGGAGCAGGAGCCACUGCAGACUGGGCUUUUCUGCAUCACUCUGAUGAAGGAGAAGUGGCUGAAUGAGGACAUCAUGCUGAGGACCCUCAAGGUCACAUUCCAGAAGGAGUCCCGUUCUGUGUCCCAGCUACAGUAUAUGUCCUGGCCAGACCGUGGGGUCCCCAGCAGUCCUGACCACAUGCUUGCCAUGGUGGAGGAAGCCCGUCGCCUCCAGGGAUCUGGCCCUGAACCCCUCUGUGUCCACUGCAGUGCGGGCUGUGGGCGAACAGGUGUCCUGUGCACCGUGGAUUAUGUGAGGCAGCUGCUCCUGACCCAGAUGAUCCCACCUGACUUCAGCCUCUUUGAUGUGGUCCUUGAGAUGAGGAAGCAGCGGCCUGCGGCCGUGCAGACAGAGGAGCAGUACAGAUUCCUGUACCACACGGUGGCCCAGAUGUUCUGCUCCAUGCUCCAGAAUGCCAGCCCCCACUACCAGAACAUCAAAGAGAAUUGUGCCCCACUCUACGACGAUGCCCUCUUCCUCCGGACUCCCCAGACACUUCUCGCCAUACCCCGCCCACCAGGAGGCGUCCUCAGGAGCAUCUCGGUGCCGGGGUCCCCGGGCCACGCCAUGGCUGACACCUACGCGGUGGUGCAGAAGCGCGGGGCUCCAGCGGGCGCCGGGCCGGGGCCGGAGACCGGGACGGGGGCGCGCAGCGCGGAGGAGGUGCCGCUCUACAGCCAGGUGACGCCGCGCGCCCAGCGGCCCGGGGCGCACGCGGAAGACGUGCGGGGCACGGUGCCUGGCCGCGUUCCUGCUGACCCAAGUGCUGCCGCAUCUGGCGCCUACGAGGACGUGGCGGGCGGAGCUCAGGCCGGCGGGCUGGUGAAUCAGAAGCACCUGGAGGCAGGGGGAUGGCCGUCUUCGUGUUUGCCAGCCUCCGCACACCUCAGCUUCGUCAUGAGACCCACGGCACCCUUCCUCUCCCAGGUUUCAACCUGCGCAUUGGGAGGCCGAAGGGGCCCCGGGACCCCCCUGCUGAGUGGACCCGGGUGUGAGUCUGCGCCAGCUCCUGCCCGUUGCCUCGUGUGAGCUCGGACUGCUUUGUGCAGAAUGGAAACAGUGCGCCUGAAUCAAAAUAAAAGUUUCUCAGGGUGGGAAAUGCGGGGACUUUGCCCCAGUGACUGUAGCAUUCAAGGCUUGAGGCUGGAGGAGGUAGGUUUGGUAUAAUGGCUGGUGAGGCUGCACGGAGCAGAUUCAAGAAAGAAGGUCGGGAAGGGGCACGGCCCCUGAGUUAUGAAGGGGAGAAUGGACAGAUGAGCUUCCAGAGACUGCUCUCCUCACCACAUAACGCACUAGUCCAUCCUCAGCACCUGAGCCUGCCUCACUUGAACACUCAGGGGAUCACACAGAGAAAUGGAUGGACCCCUCGCCAUCCAGGCAGACCGAUAAAAAGACCUCCAGAUAGGCAGACAGACGGAUGGACCACCAACCUGGACAGGCAGCCACACCUUCAGAGAUACAGUCCACAGGUGGACAAAGGGACCCCCAGCCAGAGAGACCACCAAACAGAGCCCCCAAAAGACAGACACCUCUGCCAGCUGGACAGCCGGGUGGACCCCUAAGUUAGCCAGAUGUAAACAGAUCCCCAGCUGAACAGAUACACAGACUUCUCAGACCCUACCCCCAUCCCCCAGGUGGGCUGGCUGGCUGAAAAGACCUUCUGGCCAGACAGACUCCUAACCAACCAGAUGGACUGCCAGACAGACAGACAUCAGCCACAUGGAAUCCUGACAUCCCAGCCAGCCAGUGAGACUCUCAUCUUGAUGGGUGAACCCCAGGUGGUUGGUCAGACGUGAUCCUCCAGAUUGACAGAGAAGUCCUCCAAAUGAGUACAUAUCUCCAGCUAUUCAGACAGAUGGACCCCCAGCAAAUCAGGCCCUAUCUAGACCCCAGCCAAACAGACCCCCAACCAAACUGACCCCUUGCUGUUCACACAGCCUCCCGAGUAGCUGGGACUACAGGUCUAAUUUUUUUUUUUAUUUUUUAGAGAUGAGUUUGCCAUGUUGCCCAGGUUAGUCUCGAACUCCUGAGCUAAAGCAAUCCUCCUGCCUUAGCCUCGCAAAGUGCUGGGAUUAUAGGUGUGAGCCACCAGGCUCAGCCCCCUAAGAUUUGAAACACUUUAAAUGGCCCUAGCAGGUUUUAUCCUGCUAGGAUAAAACAUUAAGCAGCUGUUAAAAAAAAUAAAAAAAAAAAAGAAACCGCCUCUGUGCACUGGUGUGGACAAAUCUCCAAGUCACUGCAAAAUGGAAAAAUAUAAGAUGCUCUCUCCUGGAACCUCAAGGGUCCCGCCCCUCUCACCUUCAGGUCUCUGGACCUCUGACUGACACUGUGCCUGCCCAGGUCCCUGUCUGUACCGCCACAGUGCCCUGGGUCCCAUGUCCACCCCUGUCCUGCCUUCUCUGGGUGAGGGCUGGCCUUCCCCUGCCCCUGCCUGGCUGCAUCCUUGUUCGAUCUCAAGUGCCUUGGCAUGAACUCCACUCUCCUGCAACCUUUAAUCAGGGAAUGAUGGGGGAUGUAUUCAUACCCCCACCCCCCCACCCCUUGGCCAGGUGAUGCUGAGAUGUGGAUUUUUAACAGUUCCUAGACUUUUCCAGGAGACUUGGGUUUGGGUGCCCACAGUGGGAGCUGGUGUGAUAUACCUUCGCUGGCUGCCUUUCCUUCCUGUUCUCUGUGCCCCUACUUCCCACUCUAGAACUGCCCCGUUUCUCUGUUUUCAUGAAAGAGCUGGCCCUGUGCUGCCUCCCACUCUCCCAAUGCCCCUGCCUCUCCUGUGAGCCUGCUGCUGGUGAGGUCGGUGCUGACCUCUGUGUUGCUGGAUAAUGAGUCAUUUAUCUCUGGAGGAGAGGAAAGGCAGGUCCUCCACAGCCCUGAUAAAAUCUCCAAGUCUUCCAGUUUCAGGUCCUUCUCCUGGGAGGCAAACCUACUGCCUGCCCAGGUGGCACGGUCCACAUCCCCUCUUCUUGGGAAUAGGGGCAUGGGAAAGUGACAGAAGAUACUGUUCUGGCUGCUGUGUUCACUGUGAGUAAUAAAUUGUCCAUUUCUCCGA